AUGAAGACACUUAAUUUGUGUGCUCUGUUACUUUGUUGGAAGACUAUUUAUUGUAAUCACUGUGAACUCUCUAAUAUCACAAUUGUGGUGGAGAAGGAAGAGUGUGGCUUCUGCAUCCGCGUGAAUGCGACUUGGUGUUCCGGCUAUUGUUUGACAAUGGAUCUCAAUGACAAGCACCCGUUAAUAAAAAAUGUCCAGAAAGUCUGCACAUUCAAGUCAAUUGUGUAUGAGACUAUAAAGAUCCCAGGCUGUGCUGGACACACAGAAUCGCUUUAUUCCUACCCAGUGGCUACCGGAUGCCAUUGCGACACCUGCAAUACAGACAUCACUGACUGCACCAGUAGAGGCUUGGAGCCAAGUUAUUGUUCCUAUGGUCAAAAUCAAAUCAGGGAGUGAAGAUUUGUUGUGUUUCUCCUAAUAUUUCUGGUCUUGUAAAAGCCAUAAUGGAGGUAAGCA